GUUUCCGGUCAGUGUCUGCGACGUUUGGUUUCUGUCAGGAUUGUGCGCGUCGCCGUUUUCCUGGUGCUACAGCCCCGGACGGAGGAGGGCGCAGUCUGCCGGACGGGGGGGCAGCGGCUCUAUAGGCGGAAGGGAAGGCACGAGAGAGCGGCUCCAUGUCUCACCCCCAGGGGCAGAAGCCGGCGCAGCAGCCCUCCAAUCAGAGCCUCACUGGUUGCGUCUAUCAAGUCGUUCAAGUGGGACUGCCCGGGUCAAACGUUCUGAAGCUUCUCCCGAUAUUAAAACCUAAGGAUAAUCCACUUCCUGCAGUGCCCUCUCCAGUAACACCCAGCGCGCCGGCACUAAAUCUACCUCAAACACUUCUAUCCUCACCACCACCACCAGUCCCCAUCAUAUCGAGGCCUAGUCCUGUCAGCGUGCCGCAUGUGCAGGCGCCCGCCUUUGGGAAUUACAUUAUUGCAGCGCAGAAUAAUCUCACCAACACUCUUGAUGUUGGAAGACCAUUUUCGUUUUCUCAGGAAACAGCUUUCUUCCUGGACAAUUCCCAGUUGAGUUUUCCAACCAAUUCUGUGCAAGGAAAUCCAAUGAUCUUCAUGAUGAACAAGAAACUGGCCAGUCCUGUAAAACCUGCACCCAUGUUACCGUCUGGACAUUCCCUCCAAAUACCUGCCCAUGCUGAAGUGAGAUCCGUUCCUGCGUCUUCCCUGCCCUUCGCCAUCCAGAAGAAAAUUCUGCCCCAGAGUAGCGGCUCAGAUAUGGGCAGGAUGCCCUCAGUCAUCUACGUCUCACCGGUAAAUACGGUGAAAGGCACUAACAACCUGAGCGCCUCGCUUUAUCCCAGCCCCGUUUCCUCAAGUAUAACCCCAGGAACUCAGUCCUUUCUUGUGCAGAAGCCACCAUCCAGCGGCAGUGAAGCUUCUAACGGGCCUAUGAAAUGGGUCGUCCAAGAAAACAAGGAAGCCGCCGCUUGCCUUGUUCCUGUGAAGUCCUCCAAUGAGACAGCUUCAAAAAUUCUACAGAUGCUGUCGAAGACCAAGAUGGAAGAUGUGAACCUGACCAAUUCAGAUCAGUCGAAGGUCAUGCAGGUAAAGGACAACGCCCUGGUGAUGUGCAACAAUAAAAUAUUUUUAUUAACCAAAAAAGGGACGGAGCUAAUCGAUCCAGAAAGGAAAAAUCCAGAACCGCCGCAGUACUCCUUGCCGGACAAACUGACGCCAAAGAUCGAACCAAUGAAAGACUUCUCUAAUAGAGUGGUGCAAGUGGUACUUUCCAAAAAUAAGUCUCCCCCUCCAAGCACAGAACAGUCGGUUCAGUCCAGUGUUGUCAGUACUGCAAAACCUAAAAGGAAGAGUUCUACCCCCCAAGCUCAUAGAGGGGACCCUAAUGUCCUUCAUAUUCCUGGUGAUGAGGUCAGCCGCCGCGAAGUCUCCGUGAAGCCCCAGGAAACCCCGCGCAGUCUAUUAAAUCCAGCAGGAUCCUCCACUUUAAACACUGCUAAUAAAGGGGACUCUGGGAAGAAAACUGAUCAGCUUCUGCCCAAUUCUACAGAUGCAGGAAUCGUUCCGAGCGCAGAGGCUUCUGAAGUGAACGGGAUGGAUGACAGAAGCUGGAGGCUGAGGUUUGGCUUAGUGAAGAAAGAAAAGAUAAUCCUCAAGCGGAUGCCUCUGAUUGGGGCUCAGAGCGCGACGCAGCCUGACUCGCGUCCUCGGCUAGCUGUCGGGAAGGACGUGGAGGAUCCUGUGAAAAUGCAAUUGAAACGAAAGUCUUCCAUCGAACAGACUGUACCCGCUUCGAAGAAGCAGAAGAGGGCAGAAGGCGGUGAUCUGGGCCCUGUAAAUGUGCCUCCUGUCUCUCCAUCGUCUUCUCCUGUAUUCAGCUGCUCUGCUGUAACAGGAGGAAGAAAUCCUUUUCCUGUAACAAGAGACUUUGAAACUACCGAGGCCUCAAGGUCCAUCUGGUCUCCAUCAUACUAUGGGGAAGAAGCUGCUUAUCCACCGGACAGCAAGGAUUUCCAGGUCCAUCAGGAGUCUACCGAACACUUCAGUCCAGCUUCACUGCCGAGAUUUCACAUCGACUCUUUGUCCUCAAUGUAUCCUGAUGAGACCACCAAGGAUGAGAAAAUCCAGAGACUAAAGGAAGUGUUGGAGGAGCGCGAGAAGGCGCUGGAAGCUCUGCGCCACCAGAAGAACACCUAACUGCAUUGGUUAAUAUUAAAUGUUUGUUUUCUACCAUGAACCCAAAGACUGGUGAAGCCCAGACCCCAUAGAUGGGAGCUGCAUUAUUUGAUUUGUAAUAUUUUGGUAUGUAGACCAUCUGACAUCACAGGCAGGGACCAUGGUACAGUCGUGGCCAAAAGUUUUGAGACUAGCACAGAUUUGGUCUCACACAAAGUUUGCUGCUCCAGUUUUUUUGGAACUUUUUGUCAGUUGUUUCUAUGGCAUACUGAAGUACAGUUGGGGCCCAUUCACAGUGGCUUUUUUUCUGGGUGGAAUUUUGUCAUGGACACUGCACCAAAAUUUGGAUGGCGACCAGUCUUCCUCCCAUUGGUUUCAGUGGGAUUUGGCGUUGCAAUUCACAGCCCAGUAGUUAAAAGCUGCGGCCACACCAAGAAGGGUCGUGCCCCUUGUCUGCACGUUGUGCGGGCAGCUGUAGAUUGAAGCCGUGGAAGCUGUCUAUUCACUUCUUAGCUCCAUUCAGUGGAACUAAGCCACAAGCAGGGUCCGAGGCAUCUGAAGUGAACAACAGUGUCUGAAGCCACCAGGGUUUCUGCCGCGGUAUACACAGCAGAUUUUGUGUCAAAAUCCUCCUUGUGAACAACCCCUUAUAAGUAUUUCAUAAGUUUUUAUUUUAAAGAGGGUUGUCCUCAGGAUCGGCAAGGGUCUGACACCCAGCACCCCCGGCAAUCAGCUGUUUGAACAGAUGGCGCCCGCAGUGUUCUCUUGCCGUAUGUCUAUGGGACAGCAACAGUGGACAGGAAAAGAGAGGUGGGACAGCACGUGCUUACUCAAACAGCUGAUCUGUGGGGGUGUCGGGUGUCAGACCCCCCCGCCAUUCUGAUAUUGAUGACCCGUCCUGAGGAUAGGUGAUCAAUGGAAAAAGCCUGGAGAACCCAUUUAACUUAUCUUGACAAAUACAUGAAGUUUAUGCAAAGACUCAGUAUUUCCAGUGUUGACCCUUCUUUUCCAAGACUCCUGCAAUUCGUCCUGGAUGCUGAAUAUCAGCUUCUGGGCCAAAUCCUGACUGCUAACAACCCGUUCUUGCCUAAUUAGUGCUUGGAGUUCAUCACAAUCUCUUCUUGUUUUGUUCAUUCUCUUUUUGAGGCUUAACCACUGGGGAGUUUCCUGGCCAAGGACCUAAAAGAGAUAACAGAGUGCCUCUGUGAACAGAACAUUGACAUUUUGGGUCCAUGUUCAGGAAACCUCCAGAUCUCAAUCCCAUAAAGAAACGGUCAUCAAUCCUCAAAAACCGGAUGGGCAAACAAAAACACGUGAUGGGUCGUCAUCAGUCAGUGUUUGGCCCAGAAGCUAAUAUCUGGCGUGCCAGGGCGAACUGCAGAAGUCUGGAAAAAGAAGGGCUAAUACUGGAAAAAUAUUCAGGCUUUGCAUAGAUUUAAUGGGAUUUGUCAAGAGAAGUUAAAAGAAAAGUAUGAAAUGCUUAUAAAUUGACUUCAGUAUACCAAAAAAAUCUGGCAAUGUCAGUCAGUCCAAAAAAUGUCUGUCAGUCUCAACUUUUGGCUACGGCUGUACAGCCAUUUACAAGUGAGGAUCACAGCCCUUUCAUUUCAAGGGUCUCCAGCUUCAGGGCCCCACCAGUGUAAUCCCCUAGGUCUCUAACCUCCCUAUAAAUAUAGCUCGGUCGAACUCUCGUUCAUCGGGUGAAAUGAUGGCUGCACCAGCACAUGAAUUAUAGUUUCUGGGCAGCAGAUCGCUGUCUAAAAAGUGAUCUGCUGCCCAUAAAUAAUGCAGAUGCAUGAGAGCGAGCUAUUGCAAUAGUGGAGGGGAUCGCUGCAUGUAAAUUGAGCACUUCAGCCGCACUGAACGAGCAGCCGACUGUCGGCAAGGGACGCUUCCUUCCGGACAAUCUGAUGUCUGUCUGCCCUUAGGCCCCUAUGAGACUGCUCCAUUAUCGGGAGCAAGUGUUCAUGGGAAUGCUUCUGAUAACUGGACUAUGUAAUCAGCCGAUGAAUGAGCAAACCCUUGGUUGUUGUGUAAUGGUCAGCGUUCCUCAGGGUGGCCAGUUAUCGGAAACGCCUCUCCCUGUCUAUAAAGGUCACAUUUGAGGGGGGUUUCACUGUUGUCACCUCCCAUUGACCCUUCUGGAUCAGUCACAAUAGCGUAAUCACAUGUAGGCGCUCUACCACCCCAUAGAUCUUUACGAUGCGAGUAAGGCUUUGAGGUGACAGGAGCCUGGUAGACGAGGCUUGGUGAGGGGCAUCGGAUGUUGGCUACGUUUCGACCUCUUAUGCUCUUGAUGUCAUGUUACCCGGCAUAUCGACUAACACGUUUUACGUUUCUGACUUAGCUGUGAAGCCUGGAUUUUUAUGUUCUCCCGUAUAUUGCUCACCUGUCAAUAAUUGGAGGUUGUUUCUAAAAAAAAAAAGUUUUUUUAAAAGCUUCAUCUUUAUCGAGGCGAAUCGAAGUGCAAGUAGAUUGUUCAUUUUUAGUGUUGACUGUUCUGAGGUGGUUUUCUUCUGUGUCAGUGGACGUUUGGGGUCAUUGUAGGUUAGAAGAGAGGACCACCUUCAGAAACGUUUCAUGAUGACACAUAGAAGGCCUAUGUGCCUGGAGGGGAUGUUUGCUCAGUGUUGCCACCUUACUGUCCCUGCGGUACAGAAGCGGCUGUGUCGGAUCCUACUAGUAUUCGAGAACCUCUUCGUCCCCUGGAUGCAGUUACGUUGUAAGAGUUCCCUCUAGGAUCUGAGUGGUCAGUAUUUGAUCAGUAUCUUGUUACUAUCCCUGUGCUGUGAUCCUUCAUGUGACAGUAUUGUCACUUAGGACGGGUUCACCUCACCAUUUAGUUUUCUAUUCUUCUGAGUGGUCACACAGGACUUUUUUUUUUCCUAAAAAUAACAGAUGCUCAAAAUAAAAGAUCCUUUUUUUUUCUGUUCUUCAGAAGAACGUAAAACUAAACGGUGAUGUGAACGCGGCCUUAAUGUUAUUUUCUUCUCUUUUGUGCGCCUUCCCCGUAUUAUGUGAUUUGUCAUCUCUCCUUCUCACAGUUUGUUUCACAUGACUGAAGUCCACACGAUCCAUUAAAGCAAUCUGCUUAUCCUUU